AUGCUCAGCUUCUCCCCUUCAACCAUCCUCCUCGCAGCGACGUCUCUGCUCAGCCUCAGCAGCGCCUUAACCGCCGGCAAAGUGCGCUCCACAGGCGUCACCCACCGAAUCACCGCCGGCUCGACGACCGCCAACAACGGGCUUCACUUUGAGCCGGAGAACGUCGUAGCCGAGAUCGGGGACGUACUAGAAUUCCACUUCCUACCCAAAGCACACACGGUGGUGCAAUCGUCAUUCGAGCGGCCCUGCGAGCCGCUCGGCGGGCCCACGGCCGUCUUCUCGGGCUUCAACUUCAACACGACCGAGCACGAGGCGCCCAACGUCUUUCGCGUCGUCGUCAAGGAUAAAAACCCCUUUUGGUACUACUGCUCGCAGACAAAUGGCAACCAUUGCCAGAAGGGCAUGAGCGGCGUGGUAAACCAGAAUUUCGACGGCGAUAAGACGCUCGCUAGGUACAAGCAGAUGGCUGUCAACACCGUGACCAAGCAGCCGAGCGAGAAUCCGCUCAAGAGCCAGGGUGGCUUGAUCGUGCCUAACGUGCCUUUGUAA